AUAUAUUAGAUCAGUAUCAAACCUGUCAUUAACUGAGACUAGCCUUCACGGGGAGAAGUUUGCUCAUUCGUUAGUUCGUCAGUAUUGUCUAUUUUACAAGCGGUUCACAUUGACUAGAUUGUUAACAGGGCUCCGACACCACUUUGACAAACAGCUUAUACUACACCUAAUCGUGUCAUACCAAGAAACACUUACCGUGUCCACUGAACGUGUGGUGAUUUACCUGAGUUGCUUACCUGGUCGAUAAUAGUAUUGAUUAUUGGUUUUUAAAUCAUGGUUUGUAGCGCAGAGUACGUCAGAAGACUACACACGUACAUGUACCCGAUAUAGACCUGAUGUGAACCGUGGCGAGGAAUGAAGACAUUUCACCGUAAUAUAAUUCAUACAUAGGAGAGAAUUGACGUACCCUAACUAAGAUAAUCAAGAUGACAGAAGAACUCACUGAGGCCAUCAAAAUAAAAGAACCACAGCAGAAAACUCACCCGGUUGAAUCCACUGAGAAGCCUUUUGUGUGUAAAAUCUUAUUAAUUGGAGAUGCAGGAGUUGGAAAAACAUGCCUAUUACUACGAUUUGCGAAUGAUUCAUUCUCGGAAACGUAUGUUACAACAAUUGGAAUAGACUUCAAAAUCAAGACGAUAUCUUUGCCAAACGGUGUGAGAGUGAAGCUCCAAGUCUGGGAUACAGCGGGACAAGAAAGAUUUAGAAACAUAACAAAAGCUUAUGUCAGAGGAUCAUCAGCGAUCUGCAUCGUGUAUGACGUCACUUCAUCGAGUUCAUUUAAAAACCUAACAAAUCAUAUAAACCCUGAUGUUGAAAAUCCGGAAGUAGUCAAAUUUGUUGUUGGAAAUAAAAUUGAAAUGGAGGACGACCGACAAGUUACAUUUGAGGAAGCAAAGAAACUUGCUGAUGAAAAGGGAUAUGAGUUUAGAGAGGUUAGUGCUGCCAACGAUAAGGGUGUCAGCGAGUUAUUUAUGUCCUUAGCGAAGGCAGUUUACCGGAAGAAGAAUCCGGGAUCUGCGAUUGGUUGGUCAGGUUCUGCGACGAAAUUCUUUAGGAAGUAAUACGGAGAAUGCAUUAAAAUAUUAAUAGAUUAUUCGCGAGAAAUACUCCACAGUGAUAAACACACAACGUACAAUGCACAGUCACCUGUGGGAAACGGAACACACCCUUAGAUUUACACGUUAAUUACGACAUCAAUGGACAAUACAACGUUGGUGUCUUUUCCUUUACCGCAAAAAUCCAUUCAAUCAUAUGCAAAAUUAUGUUGGAGAAAUAAUUUUGUUUGAUUCUUGCUUUUUCAGUAAAGGACAUAAUUUAAUUUAUACUACUGUGUAGUAAAACUGCAACGUCAUUUAUUUGUGUUGUAACAUCAUUAAAACUGAGUAUACAAACACGAAACCGAAAUUGAUUUAUAAUUCAGAGAGGUAGGGCUGUUUAGUUAGUUGCCGAGGUAAGUGAUAAGUUGUAUUUUCUACAUUUCCGAAGAUUAAUCAAUUACUUAUAUACAUAUUUUGAAUGCUAAAUAACCAAAAUAAGAUUUGUGAGUAUGAAGAUACAACAUUUGUGAUUUCGAUAUGUCUGCAUAAAUUAGUGCAGUUGUUCUAAAACGUACACGCCUGAAAUGCGAAAAAAACUGUAGUAACAGCACAAUAGUAUAAGACUAGUGACGCAAUAGUAUAUAUUUCUACAGUUCCGGUUAAAACCACGAACACUUCUUUGAUAGUUUCAUGUUUAGUGGAAUAUGUAUAUUCAGCUAAGUAGUGUUGUUAUCAAAUUUCGUUGAAAUAUACUCGAACAAUACUUAUAACAUCUAAUUUGAAUAAUUGUUAUUAUAUUAGAUAUUAGAUUUACCUUAAGUCUAUUAAGUAAGGUCCAUGUAAAUUGAAUGGGAAAUAAAUGAUGCUUUUUGUUCUGUAUCAGAGGUAUUCUCCAUGUGAGCUCUGAUACAUAUUGCUAAUGUAGUCGGGAGUUAUGUUGGUCUGUGAAAUCAGGAAAACGACAGAAUUACGGGAUGAAAUAUCAAGGUGAUUCACUCCUCUUUAUGCGAUAAAAAAGAGAAGACGAUAAUAAUUUCAUCCUUAUUUUGAGAUAAUCGCUUUUUUGAAAAAAAAAAAAAAAAAAAAAAUCUCUCCAAAACGUCUUGAUAUCAAGAUAAUCAGUAACAGAAAAGCAUGGUACUUUUUGCAGCAUAGAAUAUGGUGACAUUGAUAUCACUGAUGUCAUUUUUUUAAUGAAAUUUGGUUCAUUAUUUUCUUACUGUGUCGUAUCCCCUUAAGACUUUAUAUUCCUGAAGAAGAGACAGAGAUAAUUCGAUUUUAACUAUAUAAUUGAGGAUAUUAAAGCAUUACCAUGGUAAUUGAUUAUUUGCAAAUCGGGUAAAAAGCUUAUCUCUGAACACGGGUAUUAAUGUUUAAUUUAAUGGUGCACUUUCCCGAGUAUACAAGUUUGAUAUUGACGGUGUCGACGCAGCUAUUAGGUUAUAAUUAUGAGUAUUAAUUAAGAUUCUACGUACAGCGACACAAGGUCAAAAUAUCCGCUAUUAUUUCAUGUUUUUACAAAAAAAAAUACCUCUAAGAAACCAAAACAUAUUGACACCAAUGCUGAUGAUUAAUUUCUGAAACUGUACUUCAAAUUUAAAGCGCGUUUUGUUACAUUUUAAUUUAUUUGAUAAGGGAUCCUUUUGAAUAAAUCAAUACGUAACAUCAAUGGUCGUAUUUUGACUCAACCAAUCAGCUACAUUCUGCAUACAAACAAUUGAAAAUUAAUAAUUAUCAAAAUAAUUCGAACAAUGUUAUUUACUUGCUCUUACAAUCAUAAACGAUGAUUGUUAUGGCUGAUACCAACGAUGGCGAAUGUGUCUUGAAAUAUAGCGACAGUAAAAAAAGCAAUAAAGUAAUGUCUUUUUUUUCACUAUCGGCAAUAGAAUCUGCACACUAAGAAAUAUUCAUCUUCCUUGUAAAUUAUUCAUUUACGCGUAAACGAUUUCGGAUUUUUAUUUCAUUCGACCUUUGCUAUACCACGUAACUUGCAUAUCAUGAACAUAUAAUGAGCAUACAAUAGCAGUUAACAUGGGCUCAAAAAUGAAUAAGUUUGAACAUGAUUUAUUUAAAUACCAGGCGUGUACAAUUUAUACUGAUAAAUAACGAGGUGGCACGGAGUAUGUGUGUAUGACAUAGAAAUGUAUCGGUGUACGAGAAAUAUUUUGUUAGCUUAUCCAUGUGUAACCUUAAUCGAAUAUAUUUCUCAACGGUUGUAAUGGGUUCUUCUACAUGUAAUGACCACGUGAUCGUAUGUCAAGGGUCACGGAGAAACACAUAUGCAAUUGUGUAUGAAUGAAUAUAGAGGAUCAGUAUCCAGCCUCUCAUUAUUCGAGACUGUUUGAUAGGGAGAAUUUGCUUUAGUUCAUUCGUAAGUUCGUCAGUAUUGGUAAUGUAACAAUAGGUACAGACUGCCUAGAUAGUUAAAAUAACCCCAGCACUAAUGGGACAAACAUUUCAUACCUAAACAGAAUCGUCUUAUACUCAUACCUAGAAAUAACUUUCUACCUGGUCGAAAUAAGUAUUGAUUAUUGGUUUUUAAAUCAUGGAUUGUAGCGCCGCAUACGUUAGAAGGCUACACACGUACAGGUAUCCGAUAGAGACCUGAUUUGAACCGUGGCGAGGAAUGAAGACUUAUCACCGUAACUUCAUUCAAAUAUGAGAGAAUCCACAUACCCCAAGUAAGAUAAUCAAGAUGACAGAAAAGUAAGUAGUGACACAAUUGUUUAGUUGUCUCAUAUAUACUCAGUACACAUCUGUAAAUGUAUGUUAUUGUCGUUGUAGGUAUACACUGUAUAAAAGGGAGGUAAUUCUGUCAACAUAUUGUUUAUUUUUAGCCUUGAUGAUGUUAUAUCAACCUUGGUUUAUUUUGUUUAACGUCCUAUUAACAGACAGGGACAUUUAAGGACAUGCCAGGUUUGCAGGUGGAAGAGAGACGGAGCACCCGGAGAAAAACCACCGGCCUACGGUCAGUACCUGGCAACUGCCCCGCGUAGGUUUCGAACUCGCAAACCAGUGGUGGAAGGCUAGUGAUGAAGUGUCGGGACACCUUAACCACUUGGCCACCAAAAUGAUACUUCCUGUCAUACCAUUCUAGUGGACAGUGAUAAUGUUGUUUAGCUGUACGGUUUACACUCUUAAGGUAUCUAUCACAAGAUACUAAGAUAAUAUGUAGUAUACAAUAAUGUAGGUAUAGAGAUUAUCUGAUUCAAAUACAAUUUCACAUAAUGUUGAUGAAUUAACGGUAAAUUUGACUAAACAUCUUCAUUUAA